AUGCCGCGUCAAGACGCAACGAGGUCGGGCGUCAUAAAGAAGAAGUACCCCGUCUCCGUAAAGCGAAAGGACGAGCCGAACAAGAAGAAGCCCGGGUGCAAGGAGGGUGACAAGGAAGACAAGCCGAAGCGCGUUUACAAGAAGAAACGUGUGAGGAAGCCGGCGAAGAAGAAUAAGCCCGAGUGGAAGGAGAGCAGUAAGAAGGAGACGCCGAAGCGCUUCAAGCAGGAAGAUGUGAAGAAGCCGCUGAAGAUGGACGAUUUGAGCGCGCAGAAGAAGCCCGAACGGCAGGAGAGCAAUAAGAAGGAGGCGCAGAAGUGUGAGAAGAAGAAAGAAGCGGAAGCGCAGCAGUCCAUUAUCGAGGAGCGUCUUUCCCAGCUUAUGCAUGCUGGAAGGACGGAGAUGAAUCGAGUGAUGGGCGACGAUGGAGGAUUCGGGCUACAGGAGCCCACAGAAAUUGGCAUCACACUGCCUGAUCGGUUGCCGGGGUCGAUUCAAGCGCGUCUCCUUAGAGCGCAAGCCGCCUCCCACAAGUACGCGAACGCGACGAUCACGGAAUUGUAUAAGGUUGCUGCCGACUACGGGGGCACGAUCCGCCCUCUUCUUGCUGAAGACUGGGUCACCAAACGACAACACUCUGCGAGGCUCUAUGGAUUACUCCAAAAGAAGCUUUUGACUUCAACACCCCGCGGCCAAGACCACCUGGCGUGCCCCCCAGCCCUCGAGGCCCUCGUCGCCUACCAAAAGGAAGAGGCGAAGGAGCACCUGGACCGAGUGACGAAAUCUGAUGAGGCGCUGCCGAACGCCUACAUCCAAUUCCAAACGCCCAGGGCCCUCGCGGGAGUGCACGCCGGCCUCUGGCAACCGAUCCAACUCGACCCAAUGCCACCGUCCCAAUCGAGCCGGCCCGGAGCCGGUCGAACGGCUCGAAAACGCUGCAGUCCGAUGCUUCUGUCGGAGGCUUUGCCGUGGGUCGCCGCUACGCCGUCAGCAUCUGUUGUCGAUACGCAGCCGCAGCCCGCAUCCUCGCAUGCAAGCCACGUCCCCCUGCCGUCGCCGCCAUUGUUGCGAGUGUCGGACCGCAAUGUCUUCGAGCCGUUCAACCAGUCUCAGGGCAUAAUCGAUCAGACCGGGUGGGCG